UUCCCACAAUGCAUCAGUCCAACAACGUGCGUAUAUAUCUAUCAGAAAUUCAGAAGCAAAUAACAGACUUCGGAACGAGCAACAGACGCACAGAGCUGAAAUGGAAGAUCCGAGGAGACGUUCCACUCUGUCGUUCUCUUUCAUCCUCUGCUUCUCACUGUGGCUCACGCCUGGAGAAACCUUUUGGGAUCAAUGCCUUGACGAAUGUCCGGCGAAGUAUUUCACCUCCACGUACGAUGUGCGAUGUAAAGACAGGUGUGCAAAGCACGGUUAUGACUACUACUGGUGCCAUUCCCAAGAGGGCUGGAACUACUGCUCACCAGGAGAGAACAUUGAUUACAAAGGCAACACCUGUAGCAAUGACUGUGGCAAAUAUGGAGAAAGCUACUACAAGUGUUUGUUGUGGGGAAUGUCCUGGAGCCAAUGUGCUCGGGUGGAGCCGAGGGCAAUGAUUCCUUCCACCAGGUAUCAGAGACAAUGUGUUGACAGGUGUCAGUACUAUGAGUCAGAUGAUUACUUCUGGUGCCAUGAUGGAGAGAACUGGGAGUACUGCUCACCUCUACCAGACCACACCUACAAAAAUGAACCUUGUCGCUUCAAUCACCAGUGUGGAAGCUAUGGUGAGAGUUACACCUGGUGCUACACAACAUACAACAACGACUGGGAUUACUGUGGAGUGAUCAGUCCUGGAGAGUGUGUGUUUUCCCAGACGUCCCGCGCCAAACGACAAACUAAUAAUCCAAGAGUGAUCUGUACCAGGGAAGAGAACAACAACAGGAGACUUUCAGAGAAGAAGGAGAUUCUAGAAACAUCGUUCCAACCAACAGAAGGUUACGCAACGAAGCCCUAGACUUAAUUAACCAAUGGGACAACCAGGGCUUGAGUGACCAGUCCAGGUCCAACUUGAUAACGUCGGACAAUCUUCGCCUUGACAACCAGGGACUGGUCAACAGGAACAAUCAGCGGUGUUACAACCUGCAAAUCCAGAUCAACAGACAACGCCCUUCUGGACGCAGCACCACUGUGGCACAGAUCCUAGUUCCUGUUGACACGUCAGCUGAAUACAUGCGUUUGGCCUUCAGGGAGAGUUUACAGCGUCAGGUCGGUGUGGUGGUGGAAGUCAAUGAAGCAUCCACCUCCACAAACAACAACCAGAAGUGUUGUAAACGACGUAAAAAUUAACGUCGCCCAAAUGUGUGUAGCUGAUGAUUGUGACAGCGCACACGUGAACUGCCUCAUGUCAGAGGCAGAAUGAGUGAGUGAAGCUCUCAGUUAGCAAAAGUUCUGUCUUAAUCGGUUUUCAAUCAGUCUUUAUCAAUAAUCACUCAAUACCAGAGAAUGAUUUUUUAUUAUUUGUCCUCUGAGUGCUUUCUGCAGAUGAAGUGGUUCUGUUAGCUUCAUCGGGCCGGGACAUCCUUAAGGCUGCGACACACUUUACACCCAACUGUCACCUUUGACCAUCACAGGCUCAUUCCUGACAUGAACCAUGUUUGAUAUCCACGGGAAUUGGCUACGACAGAAAACAGCAAAAGCCAAUGAGGAUGUUGUGUAGUUUUACAUCUGCGACUAAACAUUAAAACUCAGCUUCAGCUCAUGCUAGAAACUGUAUCAGCCAAUUCGGCCUCUAAGCCACGCCUCCAUGUUUGUUUUCCUUCUGAAGGUCGAUAUAAGCUUCUCCGUUUUUACAGACACGGACAUAUAGGACCGCCCUUUAAGCCGUGGAACCGCCUCGGAGAGCUUUUCGAGCACCUCUGAUUUUUCUAACUACACGUCGGCAUGUUGGAGAGCCUAGGGACAGCCCUUGGCUGUGAUUGGUCCGCUAAUGACAUAAUUUCCGCACAACGUCAUUUCCGGACCUAAAUAUUCCUGUUUCAUUCCCUAUAUCCCUAUUUCAAAAUAAACCCAAACACAACUACGAUUCUACGAUUAAUGUGACAAGUGUGUUAAGCCAGCGGAGUUGUCCAGCUGACGGUGGCUCGUUAGAGCAGUGGUUCUCAACCUUUUUUCAGUGAUGUACCCCCUUUGAAAUAAAAAUUCAGCCGAGUACCCCCUUACCAGCGCAAAGGAUUUUUGGUUGAAAGAAAGGUGUAAUACACAGUGCUGUGCCAUUUGUGUCUGAUUUUAAUAAACCUUGAAACUAGACACUUUCAAAUUUAAAACUCCAUCAAUGUCCAUAACAUUGCUCAUUUGUAGUGGUCUCUCUUGAACUAUUUGGAAAUAAAAUGUUAUAAAAAUAACUAAACACUUAUAUAACUGAAUAAUUAUCUCAAUUAUAAAUAUAGAUUUGUGCACAUACAAAUUAUUAUCAACUGAAAGUGACCUCUUUUGGGAUCAUAAUAAAGAUAUGUUCUCAAACUGAACUCAUGAAAUUAAUUAUAGAUAAACGCUUCUUCAGAAACAAGAAAAUCAUUAACUUCAUUUUAAAUAAAAGUAAAAAUUUCUUCUUUAAGGAUCGAAAAAAAAUACUGAUCUUAAAUUUACAAACUGUCAACACUGGUGAUCACAUUGUUCCAUUGAACUGAGUGAGUACUUUUCCAUUUCGAUUUUAGUGAGAAACUUGUGCUUAUGCUUCACUGAGGAUCUUUUUCAGUCUUGGUGGCAGGGAAGCAACUGCUGUGAUCAAGCUCUUCUCAAGGCAGAGUCUGUUUCUUUGCUUUGGUUUGAUCACAGUCAUUGCAGAGAAGGAGGCCUCACAUAAAUAUGUGCAGGCAAAGGGUAGCAGUUGCUCCAAAUCUUUCUGUCUCAGGUCAGGGUGCUCCUGCUUCACACACCCAGAACUGUGUGAGUGUGGAUGUAGCAAACUUCACCUGGAGGCCACGGUCAGAUCACACUUCCAGGAGUUUUUCCUGAUAAGUGACAGGUAGCUUGUUUCCAUUUGCUUUGGAGAGGCUUUUCGCAUCGUGUCUUGAGAUGACCUGAAUUCAGAAAGUUUCCUCUUGAAAUACUCAGGUGGCUUACCAACAUGACUUUCAUGUUUUGUCUGGAGAUACCGCUGAAGAUGUGCUGGCUUCAUGCCACUGUUGGCUAAUCUCACCCCACAGAAAAAACGUGUUAAUAAAGUGUUAAUAACCAAAUCUAUGUCAUUGUUAAUAUUGUUGAAGUGUCUUUCUGUUAUUUUAUUAUGAAAUAUUUGCUCGCUUUAAGGUCAGACAAUUUCAUUUCCGUUUUUGUAUUACAUGCUUUUAUUUUGAAAGUGUUCCGGUGGAGACGCGGACUUCCUGUUAUGAAUCUGUAACUUCACAACAGAACAGUGUGAUGUUUUAGCGACGCUCCGAAGAGACACACGCUCUCACAGUGCUGUUUAGGGGAGUUUCAAAUAAACCUGAAAACAUCAGUUAGAGUUUCGACCUUCUUGUGAAUACUGAAGGAAUUUUGCCGGCUCUGGUUUCGCCUUCUUUGUCACUUGUCCCUCCGUGUUUCAGCCGCACUGCUGCUGCGCUUCAACCCCGACUCGAGUUUUCAAGGCAGCAGUGAUGACACGUGAUGACAGGUGGCGUGUGCCAGGUUGGGUCAAACCAUCGGUAUGGGGGUACUCUGGGUUUUUAGGAUAAUGAAAUUUGAAUAGCCUACUGAAUAUAAAAUUCAAUUCAUGAACUUACACUUAUAUUUCAUUGAAUAUUUAUUAAAUAACAAUUUUUACAGGAUUUUUGAAUGGAUGCUUAUUUUAAAUAUAUUUCAAAAAAAUCUCACGUACCCCCUGGAGUACCUUCAAGUACCCCCAGGGGUACGCGUACCCCCAUUUAAGAACCACUGCGUUAGAGCACUGACGGCAUGUGUGCACGGUCACAUACGGUUAUAACUAACUUUUGUAACGGCGCUAGCCACCAUGCUAACUUCGGUGGUAACCGCGCAAAAACCCGCUGUCACGACAUUAAUUCCACUUCUAUCAUGACACUGUUUCUCAAACACCAUCAGGUUUGAAGCAAACACUGGGCAGUAGUUAGUAUCGGGAGUCCCUGCUGACUGUGUGUGGAAGCUGGGGGGGAAGCUAGCAGCCUCCGUGUAGCUUCAAGCUGUGUGAUUAGCAACGCAGUUCGGAAACAAGACCGGGGAACCGCUGCGCUAAGAAACGAUAACAUCAGCAUUUUGACCCGCUAGGUGUCACUUUAUUUUAUUUAGUUGCAAAAAUAAACAGGUAAAUAAACAACGUGGACUUCUUCUGCAUAUUUAGAACUCAUGAGGUAGGCUUCUCUAAGCUCGUCUUCCGUUGCGCAACCUACUGUUCUGCCGGUGAAUUGUUUUCAGCACGUCAGGCGUCCGAGAAGCAUAAAUGAAAAAGAGUCCGUGGGAUCCGUGCGUCCCCCCCGGGCGCAACGGACUUGGAGUAGCUACUGGAGCCUUGAGUCUCGUGCGUUUCUGUGAGAUCGUUUCCUACAGUCGGCAAGUUUGUGGUUUCACGUUCUGGCCAAAUCGUCCAGUGUUCGGACAAUUAUAAGAUUAAAGAUCGUUUCAACUGUCGUUGUGUCUGAAAUCUUUAGUCCCUGAAUUACAAUGUGGAACCAGAACUAACCAGAUGAAACUAUGGAACAAACACACAAAGCUUCAGACGCUCAGUGAGAAAAACAUCUUCAAAGAGUCUCUGACUGAAACGUUGAUAAUUUUCAAAGAGUUUUACACAGAUUCAAGUGAGUGGAGGAGUCUUAUAAUGUGUUUCUUUUUGCUUUAGUGCUGAUACUGAGUCCGAUGUUUAUUUUCCUCUGUUGAAUGAAAUAAAGCAGUAACUAUAAUGUGCCUCACAACUGAUUUAUAAACUACCUGUGUGCUUGUUGGAUGAUUUACAGCUGAAUAUCGAGCUCAGGCUGACGGGAAGAGUCGCUCAUCAAAUAUGGAAUUUGUCCUCUGCUCUCUGAUCAGACUCAGAAACAGCAGUGAUGUGCACGUGAAAACAUCUGCAGCCCAAAGCCUGUAGCUGUGCACGUUCUGUCUGUUUACACAUGAACAUGGAAUAUUACUGUUAUUAUAUUAUAUAAUGUCCCUGUCUAUAGUCAUAUACAUUCUACAUAUAUAUGCAUUUAUAAAUGUGUGUGUAAGACUCUGUAUCUUUCAGGGGAGUUCAACAAUAAACUUCUUUGACUCUGUGUAAA